AUGUUGAAGUAUACCCCACAGUGGUCAGACAGACAGGAGUUUUAUGCAGCUUUCAUUCACUGCCCAUUUCUCGUGAAACUCUCUUCCUACAUCACACUCUCUCUUUUCCUUUCUUUCUCUUCUCUCUUUUCUCACACAACAAAACACCUCAUCCGUGAACCACACUUUACUAUACUACUAUACUAACUAUCAUUCUACUAUUCUCCCCUAUCUCUUUCUCUCUCAUUUCAUCUCUUCCAUUUCCUCAACACCGAAGAGGUUACAACUUUUCAGCUACAAUCACUUUCACUUAUUUCAUCUACUGUUACAAAGUCUGAAAUAUUAUUCCCUUGAAGCAAGUAAUGGAAGCAGCAACAUUGUUUCAAAUCCUCACAUUUGUGAAAUAAAGAAAAAAGGGGUGAAGAAAAGUAUGUUUUUUUGAGUGAAAAGAACAACAGUGAUGGAAGUUCUGUGCUUGUUGUAUAUUGUGUUGGGUUUGUAUCUUUCAGUUGGUGAGUUUGUUGGUGCUGAGUUACAAGACCAAGCUAUAAUACAUGCCAUCAAUCAAGAGCUUAGAGUUCCUGAAUGGAGUGAUGCAAACAUUUCUGAUUACUGUACAUGGCAAGGGGUUUUAUGUGGCAAUCAUUCAAUGGUGGAGAAGCUUGAUCUUUCUCACAGAAGCCUUAGAGGUAAUGUGAGUUUAAUCUCUGAGCUCAAAAGUUUGAAGUUGCUUGAUCUUUCUAAUAAUAACUUUGGUGGAUUGAUUCCUCUUGCUUUUGGGGAUUUGUCUGAGCUUGAAAUUCUAGAUUUGUCUUCUAAUAAGUUUGAAGGUUCAAUUCCAUCACAGUUUGGUGAUCUCAGAAGCUUAAAAUCGUUGAACAUUUCUAAUAAUUUGCUUGUUGGUGAGUUACCAAUGGAACUUCAUGGCUUAAAGAAAUUGCAGGAUUUGCAACUUUCUAGUAAUCAGUUCAGUGGUUUUAUACCUUCUUGGGUGGGGAAUUUAACCGAUUUGAGAGUUUUUUCGGCGUAUGAGAAUCGUUUAGAUGGUAGGAUUCCAGAUAAUCUAGGCUUGAUUCCUGAACUUCAGAUACUUAACUUGCACUCUAACCAGCUUGAAGGUCCGAUACCAGCGAGCAUUUUCGCUUCGGGGAAGCUAGAAGUUCUGGUUCUCACUCAGAAUAAUUUUAGUGGUGAUCUUCCGGAGGAAAUUGGGAACUGUCGUGGCCUUUCAAGCGUUAGAAUUGGAAACAACCAUCUCGUAGGUGCUAUUCCGAAGACCAUUGGAAAUCUUAGUAGCCUAACAUAUUUCGAAGCCGAUAAUAAUAAUCUUUCUGGUGAGUUAGUAUCGGAGUUUGCACGGUGUUCUAAUCUCACCCUUUUGAAUUUAGCUUCAAAUGGAUUUUCUGGGACGAUUCCACAAGAGUUUGGACAACUUAUGAAUCUUCAGGAAUUGAUUUUGUCUGGAAAUGGCCUAUUUGGUGAUAUUCCAAAACCAAUUCUCAGUUGUAAAAGCCUCAACAAGCUUGAUAUAAGCAACAACAGAUUCAAUGGGACGAUACCGAAUGAAAUCUGCAAUAUUUCUCGGUUGCAGUACUUGUUAUUGAAUCUGAAUUCUAUAAGAGGAGAGAUCCCUCAUGAAAUUGGAAGCUGUGCAAAACUCCUUGAAUUACAGUUGGGGAGUAAUUAUUUGACUGGAACUAUUCCUCCCGAGAUCGGUCGCAUCAGGAACUUACAGAUAGCUUUGAAUUUGAGCUUCAAUCAUCUCCACGGGCCACUGCCACUGGAAUUGGGUAAACUGGACAAACUUGUUUCUCUCGAUGUUUCGAAUAAUCGGCUAUCAGGUAAUAUCCCAACCGAGCUUAAGGGAAUGUUGAGCUUGAUAGAGGUGAAUUUCUCGAAUAAUCUAUUUGGAGGUCCUGUACCGACAUUUGUACCGUUCCAGAAGAGUCCUACUUCGAGUUUUUUAGGAAAUAAAGGGCUCUGUGGAGAUCCAUUGAACUCUUCAUGUGGAAAUAUUUAUGAUGAUCACGGUAGUUACCAUCACAAGGUUUCUUACAGAAUCGUAUUGGCAGUUAUCGGUUCUGGUUUGGCAGUUUUUAUGUCAGUAACUAUAGUUGUCUUGCUGUUUAUGAUCAGAGAGAGGCAAGAAAAAGCAGCUAAAGAAGCUGCCGGUAUUGUUGAUGAUCCAACUGAUGAUAAACCAACUAUCAUAGCAGGGACGGUUUUUGUCGAUAAUCUACAACAAGCGAUAGACCUCGACGCUGUUGUUAAUGCAACUUUGAAAGACUCGAAUAAACUCAGCAGCGGAACUUUCAGCUCAGUUUACAAAGCAACCAUGCCUUCUGGUGUGGUUUUAUCUGUCAGGAGACUGAAAUCUGUGGACAAGACAAUAAUCCACCAUCAGAACAAGAUGAUUCGAGAACUCGAAAGGCUAAGCAAAGUAUGUCACGAUAAUCUUGUGCGACCUAUCGGCUAUGUCAUUUACGAAGAUGUUGCUCUUCUCUUGCAUAAUUAUUUUCCUAAUGGAACAUUGUCUCAGCUUCUUCAUGAAUCUACCAAGCAACCUGAAUAUCAGCCUGAUUGGCCAGCUAGGCUAUCCAUCGCCAUCGGUGUCGCGGAAGGUUUGGCUUUCCUUCAUCAUGUGGCAAUUAUCCAUCUUGACAUUUCUUCUGGCAAUGUUCUUUUGGAUGCAAACUUCAAGCCAUUGGUUGGAGAGAUUGAGAUUUCAAAACUUCUCGAUCCAACCAGAGGAACCGGAAGUAUUAGCGCAGUUGCCGGUUCCUUCGGCUACAUACCUCCAGAAUAUGCAUACACCAUGCAAGUGACAGCACCGGGAAACGUUUACAGCUACGGUGUUGUUUUGUUGGAAAUCCUUACAUCUCGACAACCUGUUGAAGAAGAUUUCGGAGAAGGUGUAGAUUUGGUCAAGUGGGUUCAAAGUGCUCCUGUAAGAGGCGAAACUCCAGAGCAGAUACUUGAUGCGAGGCUUAGCACAGUUUCCUUCGGUUGGAGGAAAGAAAUGCUCGCUGCUCUAAAGGUUGCGUUGCUCUGCACCGACGGCACACCAGCCAAACGGCCGAAAAUGAAGAAUGUAAUUGAAAUGCUUAGAGAAAUUAAGUAAAACCGAGGGAAACAAACCAUCAGAUUUGAAGUAUGUGAACCUGUCAUGAAUACUGUCACUGAGGAAGCGUGGAUUACAAGUUACGAUUUUAAAUAGUAGUCUUGUAUCAGGAGUUAUAUAUUACAUGAUGAAGGUGAUGUAUGAAAGUAAAAUCGAAGUUAUAGGAAUUGAUAGAUCUCCAUCAUUCUAGUGUGUCCAAAUGAUUAGUUAUGAAAUCUAUUUGAGUUGGACACUAUGUUAUUAGGUUCUUAUUGAAUAUAUGCAUGCAAGGAAAGGCCUUGAUUAUA